AUGGCGAAAAAAGGGAAGCGAUACACCGAGAUCAAAGAGCAUGUGGAUAGACUCGAGCUGUACACGGUAGAUGAAGCGGUCUCGCUUGUGAAAAAAACGAGCGGCGCGAAGUUUGACGAGACAGUUGAUCUCGCGUCACGCCUCGGCAUCAAUGCACAACAUGCCGAUCAGAAUAUCCGCGGCACCGUUACACUGCCACAUGGCACAGGGAAAUCAGUUCGUGUCGUCGUCUUCGCCGAAGGCGACCCCGCACGACAGGCUGAAGAAGCUGGCGCGGAUUUCGUCGGAACAGAUGAACUUGUUGAUAAAAUCGUUGACGGAUGGCUUGAUUUUGACGCAACAAUCGCGACACCGGAUCUGAUGCGUAGUAUUAUGCCUAAACUUGGGCGGGUUCUCGGACCGAGAGGUUUGAUGCCUAACGCCAAGGCUGGCACUGUCACAAUGGAUGUCGCUGCCACAAUACAGAGUAUCAAAGCAGGUCAAAUCGAAUAUCGAGUAGAACGUGUGUCUGGUAUCGUUCACGUCCCGAUCGGCAAAACCUCCUUUGAGGAAGAGAGCAUUAAAGGGAAUCUUAAUGUUGUAAUGGGUGCACUCAUCGCCGCUCGGCCGUCCUCCGUAAAAGGUAGAUACCUUCGGAGUGUGGCUAUCUCGGCAACGAUGGGAGUCGGUAUCCGGAUAGACCCUCAACAGUUUGUAUAAACGACACGGG